AAAAAGGGUUGUGGAUUUUUUUUCCUCUUAUUGUUCUGAGACCAGCUUUUAUUUUGCCUCCACAUGGACAGAGGCAGAGGAUGUUAGAGAGGAUGCUGUUCCUAGCACAGCUCUAAUGGAUCGUUAUUAUCCAUCAGAGGGAGGAGUGUAAGUGUGUGUGCGUGUGUGUGUGUUGUUGAGGAAGCCAUGACAGUCCUGGGUGCGCUGCACACAGACACACACCCAUUAAGGAUUAUGCAGGGCUAUUAUUCUUAUUAUGUUUAAAUGCAGGAAGAUUAUAUUAUAGUUAUAUUCUAAUUGCGCAGUGAACGCAGUUGGUUUGUAAGUCGUGUUUAUUCGGAUCGUUACUCUGCGCAUUUUCUGUUCGCCAUGGAUCCGCGAGCUUUCGCCUUUUGCAGGAGGUCAUGGCACGUCAGAUUUGUUAUGUUUUCCGCACUAUGGGGCUUAGCUUUCACCGUGACGCGCUACUCCAUCCCGGAGGAAACAGCAGAAGGAACUGUGGUGGCAAAUUUAGCCGCAGAUUUGGGUCUGGAAGCGCACAGCCUCGCGGAGCGCAACGUGAAGCUCGACUACAUCCACAGCAAAAAAUACCUGGAUAUUAACAAAGAGACCGGAGAAAUGUUCAUAACCGAGAAGAUCGACAGAGAGCACCUCUGUCCCGCAAAGACGUCCUCGUCCUGCUUCCUUAAAAUGGACGUUGUAAUCGAGAAUCCGUUACGCAUAUUCAACAUCGAACUGGAAAUCAUGGACAUAAAUGAUAACGCCCCUCAGUUCAGGAGGGAGCGCAUACCGCUGGAUAUCUCAGAAUCAGCGAGGCCUGGAGAGAAAUUUUCUUUAACCAACGCAGUUGAUGCUGAUGUUGGAGAAAACUCCAUCAAGACUUACUUCCUGAGCCAAAGUGAUGAGUUCACCAUUGAGAUUCAGUCAGGAAGCGAUGGAACGAAAUAUGUGGACCUUGUUCUCCAAGCGCCUCUGGACAGAGAAAAGCAGGCUGUGCAUAGUCUCAUCCUGACAGCCGUGGAUGGUGGCACACCGGCACGGACUGGUACCGCUACCGUCAUUGUGAAAGUACUGGACACCAAUGACAAUGCUCCUCAGUUUGACAGGCAGGUGUAUUCAGUCGAUCUGGUCGAAAAUGCCCCGUUUGGUACGCUGGUCAUGCAGCUCAACGCAACAGACACAGAUGAAGGCACCAAUGCUGAGUUGGCAUACUCAUACACGCUGUACACAUCUGAAAAAACACAGGAAAAGUUCUCGCUGAAUCCCAAAAGUGGAGAAAUCCGAGUGAAAGGCAUGAUCGAUUAUGAGGAGACGAGAAGUUUUGAAAUGUACGUUGAAGCCAAAGACAAAGCGGUAAGUCCACUUUCGGCACAAUGCAAAAUAUUGGUGUUUAUCACAGACUUAAAUGAUAAUUAUCCUGACAUCACGAUUAAAUCAUUCAAAAGCUCAGUUAAGGAGAACGCACCCACGGGGACAGUGAUAGCCGUGGUCAGUGUGAGUGACAGAGACUCUGGAGAUAAUGGCAAAGUUUUUCUUUCCUUACGCGAUGCUGAGGUUUUGCCUUUUCUUCUAAACAAAUCAUCUGAGGAUUACUUUGAACUGACUAUCAAAGAGCCGUUAGACCGUGAGAAAGACUCUAGUUAUGAGAUCACACUCCAUGUAAUGGACAGAGGAACGCCUCCACUAACUGACAACGAAACCAUUAGCUUGGAGAUCCUGGAUGUGAAUGACAAUGCUCCUGUGUUUCCUCAGUCCUUUUACAUGAUUCACCUGCCUGAAAACAACGAGCCAGGUGAGCUUCUCUGUUCUCUCACUGCACACGACCCGGACCUGAAUGAAAACCAGUACCUGGUCUAUUUCAUAGUGGAGAAAGAGAUUUCCAACACGUCUGUGUCUACAUUGUUCUCGGUGAACCCGGAAAACGGGAACCUGCAUGCGCUGCGCUCCUUCGACUACGAGCGUGAGAGGGAGUUUCUCUUUCACGUAGAAGCUCGAGACUCUGGCGUCCCACCUCUCAGUAGCAAUGCCACAGUGCACGUGAUCAUUCUUGACCAGAACGACAACGCGCCUCAAAUCGUGUCACCGUGGAGGGCUCAUGACUCUGUUGUUGAUCAGGUGAUCUCACGGGCCGCCGAUCAGGGCUCACUGGUGGCGAAGGUAAUCGCACUGGACGCCGACUCAGCACAGAACUCGCGUGUCACCUACCAGUUCCUCCAGGUCACUGAUGCAUCGCUGUUCACUUUGGACCGCUACAAUGGAGAGGUACGGACCGCUCGCAUGUUCACCUACCGAGAUCCCAAACACCAACGGCUCGUGAUUGUAGCCAAAGAUAACGGAGAUCCUCCACGCUCUGCCACAGUCACCAUCAAAGUUUCCACUGUGGAGCAAGUAGUGGUCACGCAGUUAACAGAGACGACUGAGAUGCCGAUGGAAUAUGACCUCUUCACAGAUUUGAACCUGUAUCUCUUGCUCAGUCUGGGGUCUGUGUCUUUUUUGUUGCUCAUCACCAUUUUGGUCAUCAUUGUGCUGAAGUGCCAGAAGCCCAAGCCCUCCAAAGCAGCUGUUCACGGUCGAAAUAGUGUCACCAGCCAGAGGAACUCGACCAUCGGUGACUCCACCCUCAUCUCCAGUGAUGCUUACUGGUACAGUCUGUUUCUAGCUGAAACACGGAAAGGAAAAGUGGUGGUUCGACAGCCGCUGUCCAACGGCACGGGCUUCAUCGUGUCCAGUAUACCACGGAGUGCUGCUCUCACGACUACCAGUGAAUCGAGAUCUUCCACACUGCAGGACUCCAGCAGUGAUCUACCUUGAUCCUGAAUCUUCCUCAUAGAUCAUCAUUCAUGGGGAGAACACUUAUCUUAAUCUAGUAGGAGAAGUCAUGAGAAUUUAGUUCUGAUAAACUCUUGUGACAUGGAAAACCUCAUCUCACUGAUCCGCCGUAUUUCUCAUCAAUCUACAACCUGUAACCACAACAGCGACUUUGCAUGGCUAAGAAGACUUUGUGUGACUUGAAUAAGUCAUGAAAGGGCUCUGAAUAUUGAGAGGAAGAGAGAAGAUGGUUAAAAAAAUAAACCCUGGAUUUGUAACAAGAUGAGGAGAGAUACCCACUGGGAAAAUAUUUUUGACUUUUUUCUUGGAAAUUGACUUGAUUUAUUAUGCAUGCUACACCAGUGCUACUCUGGUCAAGCACUCUGAACUGGACAAAAAUUCAUUUAAUGUAACAUAUAAUCUGAAGAGCACAUUUUCUCCUGAACCAGGCUUGUGGCUUAUUUGGUUAUACGAUAAACUGAACAUGAUCUAUAAAAGGAAAAACCUGUACAAAUUCAAACAAGGAAAUGAAGUUGGAUUUUGUUAGAUUUUUAAUGACAGUCAAAGUCGUAAGAGACGGUCUACACUUUAACCCUACCCCUAACCUUAACUUUGUAACUUCUCAUACAAUAUGUGAUGUGUGAAUUUUUACAAAUUUACCCUAUAGGCUUUACUAGAUUUUGAAAACUAAAAAAAAUCCUACAUUCAUUCAUAAAUUAUUAUACAAGCAGUCCAGUUACAAACUCCUGUACUACUCCUCUAUUGGCAUAGAAAAAAAAAAUUGAACAGUGUUUGUAGCAUAUAAUUAUGAUGAAAGCCUGGAAUAUAUCUAUAUAGCUCAGGUCAAAUAAAUGCUAACACUACCUGUCACUAUACAAUACUUUCUACCUGCAACUGCUUCAGAUCUGCUGCUCUCAAGACUACUUUAGUUUACAUUACGAGACCUUAAUCGAAUUUUUUUAAACACUGCUGCUUCCAUUGCAUCAAGACUACCCAACAGAUCUGUUCGGCUAAUGUGCAGAAAUAACACAUCCAGCCUUGCACAGAUAUGUGUGUAGCUACGAAGCUUUAAAGGAGCAAUAAGUAGCAUUAAAAUAUUAGCUAAAGUAAAACAAACCCUCCAAAAAAUGGGCCAAAAAAUAUAUGUUGUAUAUUUUAGGGAGUAUUUUCCCAAAUAUAACAUCUGUACUGGUAGAGAGAGAGAGAGAGUUCAAUCUGAUGCUCACUCUACCAUUUAAUGAUGAACUGUAUUUGCAGCGGUGAGUUUACUGUAAGUGCAUUUCUUUCCAAAUGGAAUCAUAAAAUCAUCUUACAUGUUUAAAUUAUUUCAAAGAAUCUUACUAAGUAUUUACCAGGAGGUUACACAUUUGUUUACUUCUGAAACCAGCAGAAUAGUUAAGCAUGUCUUCACUGGCACAAUUAAUCAAAACCACUGCAAUAAUGGCUGAAAUGCAUAUUAGAGAUCUAAACUAUAUUUAAUAUGCUUAAAGCAGAAUGUACAUGGUUAGUCAUGUGAUCAGAAAAGAGCCAAUAAUAUGAGACUAAUGAGACUAAUGGGACUAAAAUUCUACUUACUGCUUCUUUAGACAUGUUCAGACUGUUUUUGUAUAAAGAGCUGUAUCGCUUUGUAAUUUUUGGCAACAUGUAAGCGGGUUUUUGAAAUUUUUUAUUGUUUUAUAAAUGUACGAAGGGCAAACAAUUAUGUAUAUAUGUAUUAUUAAGCCAAGAAGUGUAUUAUGUAUAUUAUUGCUUUGUGUUAAGUGCAUUAUGUUCCACAUUGUAUCUGUUCUGCAGUGUUCAAAAAUGCCAAAAGUAUAAAAAUGCCAGCUGUGUUUCAUGAAUGAAAAGAUCACGAGAACAUGAGACAUGGAGGAAAAGAAAAUGGAGAGUGACUGUAAAAGAGAAAGUAAAGAGUGUGUGUUACAAAUGUGGGUCACGUGUUGCAGUUGUUAAAUCCACAUUGCAUCUCAAUGAACAGGAGACUCUAAAAACACACCUUCUUAUAAUAAAAAUGUACUGUAGAUCUAUACGUAUAUGAAAUUAUCUAUAUAUACAGCACAAUUUUUACAAUAAUGUACAAAUACAUUUUGUGCAAAAGCCUGCUACUGUGGCAUAUUACACAAAAUAUAUUUGUUAAUUUGUUGUAAUUGUAGUGUAUAUAGACAUUUUCAUAAAUAUUUAUAAAUUUAAAAAAUGUUAUUAUUUAAUCUGUGAUAUAGUUUGAUGGGGAACUGCACAAUGAUUCACUAAAUACAAGUGUCCAAGUGGCCAGACAUGGAAAAGGAAAAGGUUACAGUGAAAUGUAAGAAAGAAAAACUGUGCCUUUUUGUUUUUUCUAAGUGCUUUGCGAGUGAGCACAGAAGUGGUGGUGCCUAGUGUUGGAUGUGUGACUGAAAUCUGAACAGUGUGUAAAGUGUGCCAUCUGGACAGACAGAAGAUUAUGAGACAAACAAGGGUUUCAUGAACUUAUUUGCAUUUCAGACAAAUUUAUGAAAAAAAAAGACUCUGGUUAUGGUUAUUUUCCCCAGAAUUAUUAGUGUAUGCUCUCACAAUUCAGCAUUUAUUUUCAUUUUUAUGGCCUAAGUGCAGAUUUUGGGUUCACUGUAUCAUUACUUUGGAUAGUGAGAUGUUUGCCAGUGGGUGUAUGGACAUAAUAUUUCUUUCUAAAGCAUCAGUAUUAGAAUGUUAUUUCUUCUUUAAAGUUGCUCUUGUAAAUACAGCAAUAUAAAUAAAGCAUUUAUAAAUUGG